AUGAACGGUCAAUCCGUUGUGCCACUUUCACUGCUACUUUCGGAUACAAGACCUCAGUUCUUCUUACCCAAGCCUAACAAUAUCAGCCUUAUUUACGAAUCCUAUCCGGCGGACUACCCGGCAGGCACCAUUGUGGUCACGUCCACAGCAGAUAUAUAUGUCAAGCUCUUCGCGAGCCCUGACUGGGCCUUCGUUAUAAGGCUCACAGCCAGCAAAGAACCUAUGUACAAUAUUCCUCAUGUCUCGAGCGCAUCACCUACGGGAACUCCGCUACAGACGUUGCCGCAAUACAACUAUCGACAUCAUUCGCGCGCCCGCGCCCCCCAAAUAGAACUCACGAUACCGUACCAUUAUGUACCGUUACUAUCCGCUCUCGACGAGCGCAGCAUUUCUUCCCCGGAUGAGCCGGCCUUUGCUCGAGACGCCCCAAUUGGCGAGAAGCUGAGCGUCUGCCUUUGGCUGAAAGGCAUUUGCCCGCGGCGCAAACGCACAAACGGCUUUUCCCACAAGCAGUACCGCGUGCGUGGCAGCAGCGACUCGGACGGCAGAAAGGGUCGGCCGAUCACCCGCGCGAAACUCGCACGCCUAUUAGCCCUCGACGUAUAUGAUUUCAUGAACCGCCGCCGGGUGGUCUAUCACGGCAGCGCCGUCGCGUUUCCCCAGUUGUGUCUCAAGGAGCGCCCGGGGCUCGGCUCCUGA